AGGGUGAUUUUGGAGAAAUAAAAUUACAUUAUCCUUUAUUGCGCCUUCCACCCUCACAAACUCAUCUUCAACCAAAUCUUCUUCCCCUAAAACCAGUGCGAAAAUGGCGAUGUCCAUCUCCACGCUCUCCUCAUCCUUCUCCUCUCUAUCUUUUUCCUCUCAAAAACCCUACUCCCUUUCACUCCCUCACUCGUCMAAAUCACUUCAAUUUUCCAAAAUCAAGUCCCCUUCUCUUACCAUUGUUGCGACUGCCCUAGAUGAGCCUCUUACUGUGGAUUUGGAGAAGUACGUUAAAUCGAGGCUCCCCGGUGGCUUCGCUGCCCAGACUCUUAUCGGCACCGGUCGCCGGAAGUGUGCCAUUGCCAGGGUUGUCAUUCAGGAAGGGACUGGAAAAUUCAUAAUCAAUUAUCGUGAUGCGAAGGAAUAUCUUCAAGGCAAUCCAUUGUGGCUUCAGUAUAUUAAAGUCCCUUUAGCAACAUUAGGAUACGAGACUAGCUACGAUGUGUUUGUGAAGGCACAUGGAGGUGGUCUUUCUGGGCAGGCUCAAGCCAUCUCUCUUGGUAUCGCUCGUGCAUUGCUAAAAGUGAGCGAAGACCACAGGAAGCCCCUUAGGAAGGAAGGUCUUCUUACUCGAGAUGCAAGAGUGGUCGAAAGGAAGAAAGUUGGUCUCAAGAAAGCCCGAAAAGCCCCACAAUUCUCCAAACGUUGAGGUACAGCUUUGCAUUUUGGAAAUUUAUUCGUUUUUCUACUGCAAUACCUUUUGCAGCAUCUGUCUGUUGUCAAAUACUGGUUUUUAGUAUAGUUUUGCCUCUAUUCUAAAAUGUUGCUCUUUUAAGAUUUUGUCAUACUUAUCUURCAACUGAUUUCGAAUUAUUGUGCAA